ACGAUAUCGAAGUCGUUCUUGCACCAACCCAGCACCUGCUCAUGGUGGAAAGAACUGCACUGGACCUUACAAGAAGACAAAGAACUGCAGCACUCAUCCAUGCCCUGCUGGUUUGGAAAAUUCAAAUAUACUCCUAGAUUUUGGCAACAUGACAUACUUGCAGAGGCUCUCUACAUACCUACAGCCAGUGCUUCAAGAUGCGAGUAAGAGUCGUUGGGUGAGAUGUUGGAGAGUUUCUAUUGAUGGAUGGGAUGUGACUAAGACAUUCCACCGCUGGUGUGACAAGGAAGGACCAACAGUUACCAUUGUUCGUGUUGGUAGCUACAUCUUUGGUGGCUAUUCUGAUGUAUCAUGGGAUAGAUCCAAUACCUACGCGUCCUCCACUAAAGCUUUCCUGUUCUCACUGUACAACACACGUGGUUACAGUCCCGUCAAGUUACCUGCUGAACGCUUUCACCAUGAUGCCAUAUGUAGAGUCAGUGGUUAUGGUCCUACAUUCGGUGGUGGUCAUGACAUGUACAUAUCUAACCAGGCAUCAAGUAAUACUGGUAGUUAUUUCAUCAGUGGGCACACAUACAAAGCUCCACCAGGUGGCAGCUCAUUCUACACAGGCAACACUCACUUUACACCCAGUGAUGUUGAGGUUUUCUAUGAAACCACUAACUAGCAAUGAAGCUGUCUGAAACUGCAUCAAAAAGGGAUUGUAAUUAUGCUUAGAAAGGUUGCUUCAUAUCUUUAUUCUACAAAAAGUGAAAAUGUUUCGUUGAAUUAAAAAAAUUGUCCUUAUGCAUGAUGCUGGAUUGAAAAAAUAAUGAAAUCACCUCACCUUGACUGCAGUACUUUAUUUUAUUUUGAUUUUGUUUUGUCAGUAAUCCAUUUCACGGUUUUCUACAGCGGGAUUAAGAAAUCAAGCUGAGAUCAUAAAAGGUUUUUGUCAUGUUACAAAGGAAAACUCAUGAAAUACAUACUGGAAUAAAACUGCAAUUGUAUGAAAUAGUGAUGUAAGCAAUUUCUCAUUAGGCAAAUUUAUUCAUUAACACUCUUUGAUAAUUGCGGGAUUUUUUUGGAUAAUAACUGAAUUUCACGUAUUAUAAUAACAUCCACAUCAAUUGGCUGACUGAUUCUGAAUUUUCACAGAAUGAACUCUGAAAGAAUUAAUGAAAAAUACCGUUUUAAAGAACUAAGCCCGACACUGCUGUCAGAAAUCCAUAAUGCUACAACCUUUCUGAGCAAAUAAAAAUAAUUCUAAAGUAGUUCUAGGCUCAAUAUAUCUGAGUGAUUUCAUGUAACCAAGUAAAAGCACAGCUAUAAGAUAAUGUUUGUAGGGUGAUGGUUUAGUCUCUCAAUAAAAGCAAUGAAAACUUGA